AUGGCAGCAGCUUUCGCAGCUCUAGCUUCUCUUCAAAACAAUAUCCACCUUAUCCACAAUCACCCCAACCAUACCUUUCCCUUUGAGGAAGAUCAGAUUCAAUCCCUGUGCGAAAACGUCCUUUUCCUGAUCGAUUUCAUGAAAAGCUACGACAAUUCUCAUGGAUCCAGAAGAGAAACAGCAGAAGCUCUAGAGACGCGAAUUGCGCGCGCAGCUCACGUCGCGGAAGACGUGAUCGAAGCACAUACGGUGGAUCAGAUCAGAUGUGGAGAGACUCGAUCGCCUCGUUUCCUGCUGGAUCUGCACAAAGCAACCCAAGGAACGGAUUACAUGAGGAGAAAGGCGUUGAAUCUGAGAUCGCGAAGCGGAUUGCUGGAGCCGAAGUCUACAAAUCCAUCCGCAUCCGCAAAUCCAGCGCCUCUUCUCACCUCUUCCAUGGUCGGAUUUGAUGAUAUCUUAAGCAAGCUUUUGGUUCUGCUCACCGGAGCUCCCUCAAGUCAGCGAGUAGUCAUCUCCAUCGAAGGCAUGGGGGGAAUCGGUAAGACUACUCUUGCCAUAAACGCAUUUCAGCAUCCCUGUAUCGUGCAACACUUUGAUGUUUGCCUCUGGGCAACAAUAUCUCAGGAGUAUAGCAUUCACAAAAUCUUGGCACACCUCUUGUCUUGUAUAAGAGGAGGAUCUGCUAGCGGAACGGUUGAUGAGGCGCGAGAGAGGUUGUACAAGAGCUUAUUCGGGCAGAGGUAUUUGAUUGUUCUAGACGAUAUGUGGAGCCUCAAAGCCUGGGAUGAUAUGAAUGUGAAAUCCUUGUUUCCGGAUACAAACAAUGGAAGUCGAGUCGUUGUGACUACUAGGAAUGCGAAUGUAGCCAAUCACUUGGCCGAUCAUCGCAUUGCAAUGAGGUUUCUAGAUGGAGACACUAGUUGGGAUCUAUUUUGUCAAAAUGCAUUUGCAGAGCAACGAGGUUGUUGCCCUCCCGAGUUGGAGGAGACAGCAAGGAAGAUCGUUGCACGGUGCAAAGGACUUCCCCUAGCAAUUGUUGUUGUCGGAGGCCAUCUCAGGAAGUCCCCAACGGCUCUAGCCUACUGGGAGAAUGUUGCACAAUCAAUUUCGUAUUCUACAGGGAACGACGAGCAAUGCUUGAAUGUGUUAUCUUUGAGUUAUCGAUACUUGCCUGCUCAUCUAAAGCCGUGCUUCCUACUCCUUGGAGCGUUUCCAGAAGAUGAAAAGAUUUACGCGCAGGAUGUUCUUAAGCUCUGGAUCGCUGAAGGAUUUAUACAACGUUUUAACGCUUCCCGCUUGGAAGAGGCUGCAGCGUGUUAUUUACGGGAUCUUUAUAUGAGAAAUCUCAUUUUACUGGAUACAUUGGACUAUAAGGGAGAUAUAGCAGUAUUUAAAGUACAUGAUCUAGUAAGAGAAAUGUGCCUACAGACUGCCAAGAAAGAGGAGUUUUUUUCUGUAUUCCAAACUUCAGCAGCCAUAAUAACUAGGGAGCGCCGCGUUGUAAUUAGUGGAGAAGUGAAUCAUGAAAUAAUAGCCCCGGAUGCUCCAGUCCGUUGCCUGAUAUGCAUUGAAGGUCGUUACGAUAUAAACACUCUGUAUGACUUGAAACUGUUGAGAACGUUGAGUAACGUUGCUACGACAUUCAUAAGUGAGUCUAUUUUUCAGCAAGUUAACUUGCGGUACCUUAACGUGGAUCUUGUUUACAUCCCUCGCCCUGUUUGUUAUUAUCUUCCCUCGUCGAUAUCAUUGCUCUGGAAUCUGCAAAUAUUGACAAUUAUAGUACCGGAUCAAUCGAAAGUGAUUGCACCGUAUGGGAUUUGGGAGAUGCUGCAGCUUAGGCAGAUUGAGGUCGACGCGAUUUGUCUCAUUGAUCCGCUUCCGGUAGAUCAAGCAGAUGAGUUGGUUAUGAGAAAUCUAUGCACACUUUUGAAAGUGGAGAAUUUCAGACUUAGUGAAGAGGUUUGCAAGAGAAUCCCCAAUGUGAGAGAACUAAAGUUAUCCUAUUGUGAAGAAGUAAGUUGGCCAUAUUACUGUCCCCGCAAUCUUGGCUGCUUCCAUCAGCUGCAAAACCUGGCAUUGCAGUUUGAUUUUAAUUCCAAGUGGCGCGAGUUCGCCACGAGCCUCACUUUCCCAAGCUCUCUCCGGGUGCUGCGGUUAAGCGGCUGUGGUGUUGAUUGGGAAGAGCUGACAACGAUGGUUGGAUCAUUGCCCCGUCUUGAAAUGCUUUCGUUGUUUCCAAACUCGGUCGUUGGAUCUGUCUGGACACCCGUUGAGGGCAAGUUCUGUCGCUUGAAAGCCUUGAAGAUUUAUGGCUGCAGUGAUUUAGUCUGUUGGAAUGCUGACAGAUCCCAUUUUCCAGUCCUCGAAGAUCUUCGUCUAAGAGACUUGUUUUGUUUUGGUUUUUGGUGGUUUCAUGUUGACACUAGGAUGAGCAUAUUAAUCAUCUGA